CUGAUAAAAAUAUCCAGAACCUGAAGGGAUGUGUCAGUCUAAAUCUAUAAGAGAAAAGCCUUCUGGUGAGCCUGCAGAGAAUGUAAUAGCACAUAGAGACCCUAGGGGAGUAUGACAGAGUAGGGACACGGCAUACAUUUCCUUGGGAUUUUAGUGCACGUUAUUGCUGUCUGAUUCAGGUCCUUAUUAAAAGCUUCCGCAAUGCAUUCACGUUAGUCUCAUUCCUUGUUUUCCAGGCUCGGUUUUGAAUGAAACCCACCGAUAAUCGAGUGAAAGAAGCCCACCUUUACAUCAGCAGCUGGACUCCACUCCCCAAUCUCUUCAAGCCGAGCACACUCCCUCCUCAGCAGUCUAGCCAAUGAGUUUCGGCGGAGAGAGAAAAAAAAAAAAGAAAAAGAAAAGCAAAGCAGUGUGUUAAUGGGAGCGGAUUAAACAAGUGUGUUAAAGAACAACGACAGGUAGGAAGGACUCAACAAGGAAUCUCUGUUCAUUUUGUGACAUCUGCAUCAAGUCAAAAGAGCCUGUCUCCUGUAGGCGUGCCACGUCUUCACUGAACUCCCUCAACCGACCACCACAUUUUCCCAUCCCUCGGAGCUAUACCAACAGCCUCACACCGUACUGCUUCGCUGGUUGGCAGCUCCUCUUGACCUGAGCCAGGAUGAAUGACAUCCAGGAGGCCACCUCCCCUGCAACCAGCCUCAGCGGUCCAGCUACCUGUGUCUCCAAAGUAGAGCUGCGUGUGUCUUGCAAAGCCCUGCUGGACCGAGACACGCUGAAUAAAUCAGACCCCUGUGUCAUACUAAUGGUACAGACCAACGGACAAUGGACAGAGCUGGACAGAACAGAGGUGAUCAAGAGCAACUUGCACCCGGUCUUUGCCAAGGUUUUCUCUCUGGACUACUACUUUGAGGAGGUUCAGAAGCUGCGAUUUGAAGUCUACGACAUCCAUGGCACUCACAGCAUCGGGACCCGUGACGACGACUUCCUUGGUGGGGUGGAGUGCACUCUUGGCCAGAUCGUGGCCCAAAAGAAGAUGGUGAAGCCUUUGUUGCUGAAGUACGGGAAAUAUGCUGGAAAAUCCACCAUCACGGUGCAUGCUGAGGAAAUUUCUGGCAACAACGGAUAUGUGGAGUUCUCCUUCUGUGCCAAGAAGCUCGAUGAUAAGGAUCUCUUCAGCAAAUCAGACCCAUUUUUGGAAAUAUACCGAAUCAAUGAUGAUGAAACUGAACAGCUUGUGCACAGAACUGAGGUGAUUAAAAACAACCUGAACCCUGUGUGGGAGCCCUUCAAAGUGUCUCUCAUAUCCCUGUGCAGCUGUGAUGAGGACCGGAAGCUCAAGUGCCUAGUGUGGGAUUAUGACUCCAGGGGGAAGCACGACUUCAUUGGCGAGUUCUACGCCACUUUCAGGGAAAUGCAGAAAAUUUCCAGUGGAAAUAAGGUGACGUGGGAUUGUGUGAAUCCCAAGUACAAACAGAAGAAGAGAAAUUAUAAAAAUUCAGGAGUUGUCAUCCUCAGUGACCUUAAGCUCCACAGAGUGUACUCCUUCCUAGAUUACAUCAUGGGAGGAUGCCAGAUUCACUUUACGGUUGCCAUUGAUUUCACAGCAUCCAAUGGAGACCCCAGGAACAGCUGCUCAUUGCACUACAUCAACCCUUACCAGCCCAACGAGUACCUGAAGGCUCUGAUAGCAGUGGGGGAGAUCUGUCAAGACUAUGAUAGUGACAAAAGAUUUUCAGCUUUGGGGUUCGGUGCCAGAAUCCCUCCAAAUUAUGAGGUGUCUCAUGACUUCGCCAUUAAUUUUAACCCAGAGGAUGAUGAAUGUGAAGGGAUCCAAGGGGUGGUUGAGGCCUACCAGAACUGCCUUCCUAAGAUCCAGUUGUAUGGACCAACCAAUGUUUCUCCCAUCAUCAACAGGAUAGCCAAACUGGCAGCAGGCGAUGGCAACAUUAAAGAUGCUUCUCGAUACCACAUCCUGCUCAUCCUCACGGAUGGGGUAGUGACAGACAUGGCAGACACGCGUGAAGCCAUUGUACGAGCCUCCUACCAGCCUCUCUCCAUAAUCAUUGUUGGUGUGGGUAACGCAGACUUCACAGACAUGCAGAUUUUGGAUGGAGAUGAUGGAGUCCUACGCUCACCAAAGGGCGAGCCGGUCCUCCGGGACAUUGUGCAAUUUGUGCCCUUCAGAGACUUCAAAACGGCUUCUCCUGCAGCCCUGGCCAAAUGUGUUCUGGCAGAGGUGCCCAAACAAGUAGUGGAGUACUACAGCCAUAAGGCCAUCUCCCCCAUGUGUCCGAUGAGGGACUUAUCCACGCCAAUCCUCAGCCCACUUGCCACCACCCCAACAGAAUAACAACCCACCCUGUUCCUGGGACCAAGCUUUGACCACGGCACCAGUCGGGCAAACUGAGGGGGAGAGAGGACGCAUGCCUCGCUACUUUGGACAAAAACUGAAGAGAAAAAUCUUUCUAGAUGUGUUGUUAUUCAUUUAUUUCAUCUUUCACUCCUAGCGAAGUGUUUACACAAGGACAGUACGGCUGAGACUGUGGGUUAUAUUUCUCUUCUCGGUGUGGAUCUAGCACUUCUCCCUGGCUGUGCAAAUUGACCAUCCAGCUGUUUCAGCAUCAUGAGCCCUGAAGGAUUAUGUUUUUUUUUUUUUUCCCUAAUCUUUAUGCAUGCGGGCCAAUCCCUCAGUCCUGAUCCAUCGACUGGAUGCAGGCUCAUUAUUCCUCUCUGCCCAUGAAAUUCAGCACCUCAACUAUGUGUUACUGUGUUCCUUAUCUAAAGAUCAUUUUAAAGAUGUUCUGUACAGUGUGUCGCAAUCAAAAUUAGAUUGCUCAAUUUGAACAUGCUGACAAUACUUCAUUCAGAUGUUAUAAAUGAGUCACAGGAAGUAAAAAGAAGACAUGCCGCCUUUUCUCAGUUCCGACCCAUUAUAACAUUCACCUUCCCUCUUAUACCCUGUAAGUCUGUCUGGCUACAGAGCUGGAAUUCUUAAUUACAGACAUUAUUUCCAGAGAUGCACAGAUUAUAAUUUCAAAAUCAACCUGCCAUGAUUUGACACUGGAAUAAAACUCCUAAUAUCUGUUUCUAAAACUUAAAGCUCUAUUCCAAUGUGCACCAGCCAUUCUCAACAAACCAAAAACUGCCCUGUAAGACCAAUGAAUGAUGCUACCCCUCCAAAAGCAAGUAAUGCUGAGUGUGUUUGGCAGUUACAAGGUAGAGGUUGCCAAAUUAGUGUACUCUGCUUAAAAUAAUUAGCUAAAUAACAAUAAUUAAUUCCCCAGUAAUCAGCCCCAAAAAAACAGGUGAGAAAACAGCAGCAAUGGAAAUAUCUUUGUUUAGGUCUGAUGUGUCCCCACUUCUGACCUUGUACAUCUGUGAAACUGUAAGAGACAUAAUAACUUUAACAAUGUUUGAUAUUUGCUAUAGCUUGAGUUCUUUGACUGCUUUUUUUUCUGUUACAGCUAACAAGUCACAGCCAUACAGAGUACACAGGCAAGUCAUCAGCUUGCUUGUUGAAGGGGAAGAUGUGUUUGGGUCGCUGUACAAUAACAGAAGGUUGCAAACAGCUGCUUUUUCUGAUGUUAGCUGCAAACAAAGCCAGGGAAACAUUUCUCUCCAAGAGAAGAAGAAUGAUCGCACCCUAUUUUUGGUCUUUUGUCAAGUGGCUAUGGUAUAAGCUGUGAAAAUCAUGCUUUAUUGCCAGGUGAAUCCUUUUUCUCUGAAUUGUCUGUUAUUGUUGUCACCAAGCCACUAAGCCAGUCAUCAUGCAGGUAGCAUUCUUCACAUUUUUGCAGUAUAUUUCAUUUUUUCUGCUGCUUUUUACAUGCAAUAUAAUUCUACUCAGUGUUUCAUAAGGAAUUUGACUGGAGAACAUACAGAUUAGAUCAAAUGAAAGCACAAAGCCAGCCACAGUGAGGGCUGCAACACACAGUAAUGCUCAUAAAAACAGCUCUGGAAUGUGUUAUAUCAGUUAAAUUUACAUCAGAAUAUAAGAAAUCUAAAAAAAAACUGUAUCAUUAAUAUCAAAUUAUCAAAAGAUUUCUUACCAUAUAAUUGGCAUUAAAUGUUUGCUCAUCGUUGUACACGUGCAUCUCCAGGACAAACUAUUCUGUGAAUCUAUUCUUUUUAUAUUCUAUUUUCUAUUUCCAAGUAACUCUUGCCUGAAGAAUCACUAUCUACACGAACAGAUGCAUUUGAUUUUUCUGCUGUUCAGCUUCACAGUGGUCACGUAUUCAGAAGGCUAUAGAUUCACAUCCACUUACCCUGCCAGACUGUCUUCACAGUGCGGCCUGUAACAGGAUAUGGGCUCAGUGUUUUCCAGAGGAACCUGUUAAUGCUACACAAAGAGAACCAGAAGCUCUCACUAAGCAGUGAAAACUAUUUGCUGUUUUGAGAUGCUGUUUUGUUUUCAUUGUAAAUAUCUGUAUGAAUACUAGCGUCUAACUAACCAAGAGAGGAGAGAUGAUUCAAGUCAAAUGUAAUUACAUUUUCAGGGAGUGCGCAAAAUAGUCAAACAAACAAGAAAGUAAAAGAGUUGGAUAGAGUGAAUGUUUUCACAGUUUUGAAAGAGGCAUGCUCCUACCAUUUAAAGGUUUUUAUCACUUAUGCAAAGAACCUUAACACUGCCCCCCCCCCCCCCCCCCCCCGCUUUAUCAAGCUGACUGAACAGCUUAUUAUCAAGCAUCUUUAAGAGCAUGAAUUUCAAAAUAUUUCUGUGGUUUCAAUUAAGUAUGAACGCCACAAAGUCUCUCAAAGCUAAACAAAUUUAUUGUAAUUCAUUUUCUUGUCUUAUUUGUUUGCAUAUAAAAACACAUAUUUCACUGUGUUAAAGAAGUACACUUUUUAGACCCAAAGAAUGCAUAAUAUCCUCCUUAAAGUGACACAUUUUAUGAAUAAAGCUCAAAACUGGUUGCUCAUACCAGAGGUCUGACUGAACAGCAUCAACAACAGUAAUGCUCCAUUGCUUUCACCUUGCAGCAUAAACACUGAAUAGAUGAUUUACUGUCUGUUCUAGUAAUGACUCUAUAUUUUGUAUAUUUAUUUUGUGUUCUUGCAUUUAUCUUAAAUGGUGUAAUUGUGCAUCUGAAUGUUGACUCAUUCUCUUGGCGAGAAUCCAAGCUAACACUGCCAUUAAAUGCAUAGGAAGAAUAUCUAGUCUUUAUAGCCACUCUCACAUACACACACACACACACACACACACACACACACACACACACACACACACACAUUCACCCCCAAGCUACAAAUAUUAAUCUGACUUUGAUUUGUCCUCUAGAGCUUCAGCAGCCUUCCCCUGAUACAGAUAUUGACUACUCAUGAAUGCACCCUAAACACAGCUAGCUCUGCUGUUGGCUGCUCUCUGAACUCCUUUGAAGAUCACAACUACUGAGGGUUCUUCUGUCACUGUGGAUCACAGGAUGAGGCCUAUUGAUUCAGCAGGCCUAGAUUUGGAGCCAUACUCAGUUACUUGUAAGUUAUGGUGGGACUUUGGUCUCAAGACUGAAGCUCGGCUCCACGUGGCUGGUUUACAACAGGGAGAAAGAGAAAAUGGAUGCCACAAAUAGGAAAUACUCUGCUGGAAUAAAUAGCAUUUGACAUUAUAGGAUUCCUGGUUCUCAAAAGAUUCAUAGCGCAUAAAAUGUGACCAAAAAGUUCCCAUUCUUAGAUAAUAAUUACUAUCACAAAAAAGUAAAAUAUUUUGAAAGCUUUGAUCUAUGAAAGCAAUGUUGUGGUUUCCCAUAAACCUUCAGUGGCUACUUAAUCUGACUAAAUAAUAAGGAGUUGCAGAUAUCAGUCUAUACAGUAUCUGUUCCUUGAGGGCAAACCAGCUCACAUAUUGAUAUCUAAAAGGCACUGGCACUUCUUCCAUGAUUCGUGCCUUGGCAAUUCACUCCUUGUCCCCUAUUACCUGUAUCGCUUUAUUGCUACUUUGCCUCAGGUUAUGAGCUGCACCAGCUCAAAUGGUUCAUUACCCCGUACUCUUAACAUUUUUAUGAAAUGUGAUUUUACAGUUGAGAGAUGACUGACCUCGAAACAUACGCAAUUUUAUUGCUUUAUCUAAUACUUUUUUUGUUAUUUUAAAAAAUUAGUUUUAUUAUCAAAUAAGUAAUAUAAGACUUAUAAAAUAUGUCUUUUCUCAGUUCAAAUACCAAUAUAAUGAGUCAUUCAAAUGUUUCAUGCCCUCUUGAGGUUAUCUGAAUUACAAAAUAUAUUAUAAUAUAUAAUAUAUGUCUUAUGGUAAUACAUAUUAAAGAGUCAUGCAUCGGUCUUAAAUGCCUUGCCAGAUUUGCUCUAAACAAAUUCCUCUUUGUACCAUCUUUGAAAAUUAUUUUUUAAUUAUUAUCUUUUUCAUUUAGUGUUAAGUUUCAUUGCAACCAUGUAAAAAAUGCUAAAGUAUUCAAAUAAUAUCAUUGUGUUUUUGUGUGCAAGAGCUAGCUGAGCCAUGUGAUGUCGUCACUUUAAACAGCUUCAUGAGAAAAUACAUUCAUGUCUUAAUGGGAGCCCAUCAUUUGUGCCACAGUGGGGCAGACAACAGUGAGCUGAAACACUGGAGACAAUAAGACCACAGUUCAUGUGGCCAUCUUGCACUGUGGAUUAAAACAAAGCUAGGAAGAAUCCAUUGAGCUGCUUAUUUCCCUUAUCUAUACUUGCACCAUUGUCAGCCAAAAUUAACGAGUUAUAGGUUUUACACCAAACUAAUGUAUUUGAAAUUUCCCAUACACACACACACACACAUGCACGUGCGCGCACACACACACACACACACACACACACACACACACACACGGCCUCUCUCUCUCUCUCUUUCACCCAUCCACUGUUAAUCAGAACAAGGUUUGCAUCUCAAAAACCUAAUAUGCAACUGGUGUAACUGCAGCCCUGUGGGUGAGAAGCAGCCCAUGCAUCAUUAAUAAAUAUUUGAUUUCUUAAAAAAGGAUUAAAAGGGAUUUAUUGCAUGCUUACUUUAAUUGUUACGAUGUGCUGUGCAGUCAUUCCUUUGGAUUGUAUGAUAUGCUAAUAUGCAAGCCUGCAUUUGCACAACCCUCUGUUCUUGUAGUUUACGCUCUCUGUCUUGCAGUUAGGUAAAUAAAUCUCAUCAUUUAACUGAAA